AAUCAUCGAUAAUCUUGGUUUUAUCAAGAUUAUAAAAAUUAAAACUGACGCUACAUUUUUCCAUUAUGUCAUGGUUUAUAUGUUUUAGAAACAUUACCCGAAUGUCCCAUAUAUCGUUUCAUUCUUGUCGUUCACCGAGUGUUAAGCAAGGAUAAAAUGAUAUAUAGAGACACUCGGAUGAUGUUUCUGAAUGUAGCCAAAAUAUAUUCCAAGGAUAAAAUGAUAUAUAGAGACACUCGGAUGAUGUUUCUGAAAGCCAAAAUAUAUUCCAUUAACCACCAUCACUGACUAGAAGAGUGGGGGAAUUUUUCUAGAAGAGACUACUUCCAUACUUCUACGUCUAUCUAAAGGGUCGCGAAAGAAAACAGAAAGCGUUCUAUUACCAAACAGCUCGAGUCUACCAUUUUACGACCAACUCUGAAACGCCACGUGUUUUAUUUAAUAUGGCAGUGAGUAUGCUGAAGAAGACGUUACCUUUCCAUCGAACAGUUGACUUGACAUCUUCAAGAAAUGGUGCAAAAAUUAUAUUCUCCACCGGUGAUCACUAUGGCGUGGCAGACAAUAUGCUUAAGAGGGAAGAAAUUACAUCGAAUUUAUCGGUAGACGGAUGGCAACUCAAUGCAGAAACUCGAAAAAAUAAUUAUGUGAUUAUAAAAUUAGCAACUUCGGCUAUAAUAAAAUACAUUUGCAUAGAUACUACUCACAUUAAACAACACAAUCUGUACUGUCCUUUUUCAUUACAAGCUGGACAUUUAGAAUCUUUCUUCAGUCAAGAUCGGAAAUGUCGAAUCGGUAAAAGUGCUAGUCUAGAAGAUCUUAAAUAUUUUGAAUCGUUCGAUACGAAGUCCUGGCCAUUUUAUCUUAAAAAGACUCAGCUGCCAUCACCAGAGAUGAGUAAACAAUAUUAUAAUAUAGAAUCGAAUAACGAUAUUGUUACUCAUGUAAAAUUAACUCUCUGCCCAAUGGGUGGUAUCGCUAGAUUAUACAUAUAUGGUUUUGCCGUCUAUCCGCCAUUAAUAACAUUAAGUCCGCAAUUUAAUCUUGUCUCCUUGCUUUAUGGUGCGCAUUGUGUAAAUUCCACUCACUGCUUCUCUGGAGAUCCUAAUCUUUUGCUUCUACCUACUCCACCCCUUCAUAAGAACGAUGGAUGGAUGCCUCUAGAUCCUAAGGAAGAAGUUAAAGAAUUCAUGUUUCAACGCCCAGCUGUUGACUUUCGUUUGGCAUAUCCUGUUAAAAACCUCUCUUAUGUUAUAAUUGAUACAACAAAUAUAGAUGAAAUAUGUUCAGAUUUUACCAUACAAGUGUAUGGACGAUCAAGUACACAAUACAGAACAUUCUAUCCUCUUGUACCAAAAACGCAGGUAGUAAAGAAUUCCAGGCAAAUUAUACCUGUAACGGAAAAUAAAGACUGGAGGACACUUUUUGUAGAACUAAUAGUUUCUCCUGGUGGUGCUAUAAAUAGAUUUGCAAUUUUUGGAGAAAGUGAACUACCUGAUGAAUUCUAAAAUUAUCUUAAAGAAAUAAGGAGUAUUAUUCAAUGAUUUGCUAAAAUUUCUUUUAAUGUAAUAUCAAGCUCUUAUGUAGGAAGAUAUCGAUUAAUUUUUGUCUACAAAUAUUAUUAAGAAAUAAAUUAAUGA